GCUGCUUUGUUGUGAUUCACAGUGAGGCUGAGAGCCGAGAAUCCGAAAACUACCAUCCGAACAAUCUGUCUCAUCUAUCGCUUUUAGCAACUUCAACUGGAUACUUUGGGCGAUUUUUGCACACUUGGAUUACUACCUUAUUCUGUUUUGAACUUAUUUCGGAUGUUGCAACAUGGAUGGAUAUUUAUUUUGUGAUUGAUGUGUACCCCUACUCGGAAGUUGACAACUUACACAAGAUUGCCCAGGGACCGGACUGACCUUAAAAUUAUUUUGGAAAGUGCUCAAAAUGCCACGAAAACAGACACUAGUUACGAAGCAGGCGUAUCCUGUUGUUGUAAAGCAAGAACCUGGCGUGGAAGCCAAAUCACCUCAAAUUAUGAACUUGACGAGUAUUUAUAAACAUCCAUCGAGUGCUAACAAGAUGCUGGCUUCGGGAGACUUGGGACUUUACUCGACAGUGAAAGUUGAGGCUGGUUUUACACCACAAGGACCUAACUACAGUCCCUCCCCAAUGAAACCCUCAUUAAUACGACCACAGGCAAAGAGGAAGCUGGAGCUGGAACCGGAUGGCAUGCGAUUGGAAGGUUUCAAGACCCCUAAGAGCUGCAAGCGAAGAGGCAGAUACCCAUCAGAGUCAAGUCCUCGUGCUCGCACUGCUCGGUCUCCCCUUGAGAAGACUCGCUAUGAUACUUCGCUCGGUCUGCUCACAAAGAAGUUUGUAGGGUUAUUACGAACUGCCCCUGAUGGUGUUGUAGAUUUAAACAAGGCUGCAGAGGAACUAGAAGUGCAGAAGAGAAGAAUAUACGAUAUAACAAACGUCCUAGAGGGAAUUAACUUAAUACAGAAAAAAUCUAAAAAUAAUAUUCAAUGGAAAGGUGCUACUAAUUCUAUCGCUGCUUCCAAAGGGCUGCCUAUGAUAAGUACAGAUGUUGUCGACUUACAUUCAGAUGUGGCAGAUUUGGAAGCUAAAGAAAACAUGCUCGAUGAUUUAAUAGCCAACUCGACAAGACAGCUGAAAAACAUGACGGAAGAUGCAGACAAUGCUCGGUUAGCGUAUGUGACGUACCAGGACAUUCGCAAUCUGCGGUCUCUAGACGAACAAACUGUGAUUGCCAUUAAAGCACCCCCAGAGACCAGGUUGGAGGUGCCUGAUCCACAGCAAAGUAUACAGAUCUGGUUAAAGAGUCAGAAGGGUCCGAUUGAAGUGUUCCUAUGUCCCGAGGAGAUCACUGACAUGGACAACAGCAAUGACAGCUGCCCCAGUGAUGGCGGUGGUACAACAGAGAGCACCUCGAGUGAUGUUGGUAGUGUGAAGAAGAGCGUUAGUGCGGGAAGCUGUGGGGAGGAGAGCUCCUGUUUCUCAGAAGACUCGGUAUCCUGUGAUAGUUUUAAAGGUCAGCCUAAGUUAAAAAAUGCCCUGCUGGAGGAAGAAGACCUGUCCCCAGACUGUAACCAGAGCCUGCUACUGCAGACAGAAGACCAGAACUUUGACUCACCGUUUGUCCACCUGGAACCACCUCUGGACGUGGACGACUACAUGUUCGGUCUGACGGACUGCGAGGGCAUCUCGGAUCUCUUCGAUGCCUAUGAUAUCACAUUAGCAGUAUAGUUGUGUGUUUUGGAAUGCUGUACAGGAGACAAAUGGUCUAUCUGCAGUCCUUUUGAAAUUUGUUUUGUUUCUUUUUUUCAAGAAAUCCCAGAAUAUAUUUUUAUUUGAUUCAACUGUUUAUAAUUUUGUUAAUGUUUUCCUAGUUUUGAGUUGGAACAUUUGGAAUUGUUUUCAUAUGGUGAAACCUUUGUUGAACCUUCAUUAACUUAAUACAUUGUUUUAAGACAAUGUAAUGUUAUGGUACUAAGAGAAAGUCUUCGUGGUGGUCCAACAUUGGUGCACUUGACCCUUCUGACGAACUUGAAAGCUAGAAUAAUCAAAGGUUUCACUGUAGAUACCAUGUACAAGCUUAAACUUGAAAUUCUUGCAUACUUAAUGUUAUACAGUGAUGUAUAUGUGAAGAUUGUACUCUUUCUGUUUUUCCCACUCUCUCCUGCAGAGCAUUCUAAACACGAGCGUGGCUAGUUAGACGUGACCAUGCCAGUAAUUGUUGUUAGCAUGAUGUGUCGUGUAGAUGUGUGGCUUUUUCUGUGUGAAUGGCAGGCCAGGUUUGUGGAGAAGAAGUACUGAUUUUGAAUUUGUGAGCUGUUGGUCUUUUGAACAUUGACACCCACGUUACUUCAUUCAAGCCAAGGUUUUGAAAAGCUUACAAUUUGUCAAAUCCAUUUGUUAUAUGAUAGAUAGGAUUAUGGAUAGCCAUGAAGUAUAUGUGCGGUCACGACUCGACAUAUGUGCAAAUAAUGCCUCCAAGCAGGAACUGUUAUCUUCAUACAUUACUGUACAAACAUUUAAAUAAACUUUUGACUAACGUCGUGAACGGGUCUAGAUAGGGUUUGAGAAGAUAUGAGUAAUUAUGUUGAUGUAUAUGGCUGAAAAUCAUUUGGCACUCUGAUAUUAUAAAGUGGGGUGAUUCACUCAAACACUGAAUUCAUUUUCAUAAUCUCUAUUUACAUCUUGUUUUUACUGAAUUCAUGGAGACUUUAAAAAAAAAUUAAAUGAGCAGUUAAGAAAACUUUUCUUUCAUUACAAUCAUUUUUGUUGUUAAUGCUUGAAAAUGUGUACGAAUUACUUGAUAACGUUUCCAGUGCCAGCUGAAAUACAGUCUCGCACUUCAGUGGGCUUAUAGUGUGUUGGCUUGACUUGAGCAACGUGGGGUCCAAGGUGGUCCAAUGCUACAUUCCAAGACAAUAGUGGUUCCUGCUCAGUGACCUGAUUUGCAUAUUGAUCAGAUCCUGAGACCAAGUUAAUUGGAUUGGUUUUUCUAUCAUUAACACUAUCAUUAUUUGAGAAAUAAACAAAUCGUUGUUGUUCAUCAAACAAUGAAAAUAUGCAGGUAAAAUACACCGAGUGGCUCAACCCUGAGUUGAAUAUGCUCCUAACAGAGUUCUGUUGUUCAAGAAAAUACCAUAAGUGUUUUAUUUCUUACAUGACUCGCACAGCUCACACAAAAUGCAAUCUUUUCUCCACACUCCUGCUCUAGAGGUGCUUUAUUUAUAUACCAUAUUUACAUGAAGAACUACAAAAUGAUUCCUAUUUUCAUUAUGCAGAUCACUGCCAAGCACAUGAUGUGCUGAUAGGGUAUCCCUUGCCCGAGCUGUUUCCGUGGUAUUUAUUAUAGUGAAACAGUCGGCAAAAGUGCUUUUGUUGACAUUGUUACGGUAUUGCCCUGUUGAUCAACCAUGUUGUCAUCCCCAUUGUUUUGAGCGUCUCAGGUAUGUAUGGGGUCAUCUCAAAAGGUUUUCUUGCAUUGCUAAUCAUGACUUGAUUUCAAAUCCUGCUUUACUCCUUUUCCUGGAACAUUUGAGCCUGUAACUAGUGGCAGAUGUAACUAAGUGUUUAUAUUGUUCACAGUAGGUUUUGUCAUUCAUUGCACACAAAUCUAGAUAUUAUGUCACAAAACAUUUGUGUUUGGAUUAAUGUUUUCAAAAUACCAUCAAGGUUAAUGCUAAAAAGUGUUAUAGUAAGCUUGAAGUUAGCUGUUUUGAUAAGUCGUAGAUAUAUUUCUGCAGAAUGAAGGUGCAUAUUGUGAAGGCUCUCAGAACUGCUGUCCUUUAAGAUGCAUUUCCAACUUUUGUAUAAACAUUGAUCUACUCCACUACUUUUGUACCACAGCAUUUUCAGUGUAAAAUUUCUGUUUUCUUUUAUAUAUUAUAAAGCUUGCCCCUUUUAUUUAUUAUAACAAUAUUUACGUAUUUAAUGCUAUGUGUUGUUGAAUGAAGUUAAUGACAUGGAAAACAAAACAAAUAUUGGAAUAUCUUUUAGUAUUUCUAGUCACCAUGCCACACAGUGUUCUGAGUAGUAUUAGUGAAACCAUUUUAAGAUUAAUUACUCAAGGUUCAUUUUUACACAACUUAACUACCAACUUGACCGAGUCUUGUCCCACCAUGGAGUUAUCUCCCCUUAACUUCCAUAGUAGGAAGGUACACUUUCACCACAAAAUCAGAGAAGCAAAUACUUAAGAUUGUUUGUUAUGAAGACAAGUAAACUAAAACAGUGUUGAUUGUAUUGUGGCCAUAAAAAUAUCCUACCCCAUGCCACAGUCGGCUUAUAGUCAAGGUGAGCAUCAAGGGGUCUUAGCUAGACUGGUUUGUAAUUGCUCUACCAUGUGUUUUUUAAAAUUACCGGUAUUACUGCAUAUGCAUUUAUGGAUUUUCUGGAAAACGGUCACAUAUAGACACUUGUACAUACUCAAAGUGAAACAGGUGCUUGGGUCUGACCUUUUACAUGCUCUUCCUUGGCAACAGUGUAUAUUGUAUUGUAUAAUUUAUUUAGUAAAUGUGUACAGGUUUUGUAGUUAAUAUAAGAUAUUAUUCCAAUCCGACCUUGUAACAGAAAUGGUCAUUAAAAUUGCAUUAGCAGUGGUGAAAUAUUUUGACAGACAUUGCUGAAAAUGAAAUGAUUACUGGUGUUAUUGAUAGAUUAGAAAUUGAUUAUCUGCUUACAUAAGUCACAAGAAUAUAUUGCCUGUUCUCUUGCAUGAAAUUAGUUAUAACUUCCCUCAUUGAGUGUGAAAGUGAAUCAGUUUCUCAUUUGUGUGCAAGUGUAUGUUUUCCAUGAAGGAGGAUGUUCCUGAUCUGUGAGUUUCAUAGUGUGUAAGUGUAUGUUUUCCAUGAAGGAGGAUGUUCCUGAUCUGUGAGUUUCAUAGUGUGUGUAAGUGUAUGUCUUCCAUGAAGGAGGAUGUUCCUGAUCUGUGAGUUUCAUAGUGUGUGAGUGUAUGUCUUCCAUGAAUGAGGAUGUUCCUGAUCUGUGGGUUUCAUUGUGUCAGCUGUGUGCAAUGCUCCAUCAUCCAUCAGUAGUUAUUUUUAUACUAAGGUAAUCUUGCCCUUAAAGUGCCUUGUUGAUGUUUUCAUAUUUGUCACUUAACCAGACAUCUCGCUUCAUAAUGAUUGUCGUGUAACCAUAUCUGCAGCAUUCUCAGUGCACACCCAUUUAUCUACUCAUGUCAUAUAACAGAUCUUAUCUUCCCUUGAGGAAAAUGUUCAAUUUGACAUCUAUCUUCACCAUGCUCCUUUCAGUUUUAUGUGUGGGUUCAUCCGAACAGUUCUUAGUCAUUUGUAUGGAUAAAUGAAUGUCAUGAUUGAGAAUUUUGCGGAACACCUACAAAUACCCUGUACUAGUUCACAGCACCAAGUGUCUGGGAUUUAGCAUUACAUAGUCUGUAGCUGAAGCAGGAGGGCAGCUAAGUAGAGUACAGAUUGUAAGGUGUAUCUUUACACCUGAAUUUUCAGGUGAAGAGUUUAACAAGAUGGAAUAUGUUUUAUCAGUGUUUAAACAGCACUGUGAUAAGGAUUGUUUGUACCAGCUUGGUACUUGAAAAGAUUUUUAUAAUUUGAAAAUGAAAGUACAUAUAACUUAUGUAUUACCAGUGUGUUUAACAUGUGUAAUCAUAUUGAAAGAAAAUCAUGAAUUUGAGAUUUCAGUUAGCACAUGUUCGUUUCAGAGCAGCCUUGCGACCUGCAUACACAAUUGAUGAAAAGUAUACUUUAAGAAGCUGCUCAUUUUCUGUAGUUUUUGUUGAUCAUGUGUACCAACGAUGACUGAUGACGUGUACUUAAUCAUGGUCAAAGCUUUUUAAUUUUUUUAAGUUUGUAGUUUUCUAAGAAUAAGUCAUUUAUGUGUCAUCAGUUCUAGAUAAUGAGUCCAUUGCUAUGAUCUUUGCAGUUUGUUUUGAUCUCAGACACUGCACUACAUUUAAUGUAAUACCUCUUCAGAGACAUGCCAUGUGUCAGAUACCUACAGGACAUAUUUUAUUGGUCUAAUUCCAAGUAUGAAUCUCUUUAUCAUGGGACCAAUUUACAUUUUCAUUACAAGGAAGCUUCCAUUGAAAUCUUACUGAGAUUACUUCACAUCAACUCCUGACAAUGAGAGGUACACACAUCACAAGUAGCUCACCCUUUGGCUGAUGUUAUUAAAGUAUUCUAGCUAAUACAAGAAAAACAUUUGUUACAUUAUCAUGUCAUUAUAUCAAAUAUACAUGUAUUUGAGUUUUUAUAGUGAAUUCUUAAAUUUUUCAUCAGAAGAACCUGUGUAUUUAGUUCACAUGGUUAAUGGGAUGAGUUAAAUGUUGCUGAAGCAACAUAAAGCCUCACUCUCUCACUUGACAUGAUUACAACAGUGCAGCUAGCCACAUUCCACUGCCAUGAUGGCUUCCAGCUGGGCAGGGAGCCCUUCCUAACAUGUUUCUAUAGACCAAACCACAAAGGGAACUUGGUGUAUGGGAAGGCGUUUACAUACACUCUCGUCUAAUCAUUGAAAUCAAUUGACUUCAAAAUGGGAUUUGUAUUGUCAAGAGCAGCUAUCUUGUUCCAUCAGAAAAUAAAACAAUAUUUUUAAAGAAAA